GGAAGAUGUUUGUCUUUGGUCAAAGCAAUAUGGUUCCACCCUAUGGGCAAUGUGAAUGUAAACAGGCAUGCUCACCUCUCAAACGACAAAUACUUUCAUAUUAGCUGAAAUACAGCAGUAACUGUUAUCUAAGCUCCAUGGCUUUUAGAGUAGGUGCUCGGUUUUUCAGAGACUCCGCCGUCCUCUCCAGACGGGUCGUCGUGUCUGUUCGACAGGAAAGUGCGUCAUGGCUUCUCAAAGCAGGAAGUGCUGCCUGCAGCAGAGGAGGGAGGAAUGGAUUUAUCUUCACUCCUGCUUGUUUUAUUACAUCAGAGGCGUUGCUCAACAGACUGAUGAAAGGCAAAGCAGCAGAGGCAGACAGCAGCUUUUAUCGCCUCCCAGCCUCAGUUCCGCCGGACAGUGGUGAACAAAUGUCUUUGUUACUGAGGCAUCCAGAUCAGCCUGACAACCCAAAAGUUUUGAAAGUGGCUAUAUUAGGUGCCCCAAAUGCUGGGAAAUCCACAUUGUCCAAUCAGCUCCUCGGCAGAAAGGUGUUUGCUGUGUCCAAGAAAGUACACACUACACGGUCACGUUCCCUGGGCAUCAUAACAGAGAAUGAUACACAGAUAAUUUUGCUGGACACUCCAGGUCUCACCACCCCAUCAAAAGUUAAAAGACACCAGCUGGAGAAGUCUUUGCUUGUGGAUCCUUGGAACACAGUCAAAGAAGCCGAACUAAUGGUCGUGGUGGUGGAUGUGGCAGACAGAUGGAUGUGCAGCAGGCUUGACUUUGAGGUGCUCAAGUGCCUGGCCAAGCACCCAGACAUCCCAGCAAUCCUGGUCCUCAAUAAGGUGGACCUGGUGAAGGCUAAAGACAGGCUGCUGGAUAUCACAGCAGAGCUGACGUGUGGAGUGGUGAAUGGACGCAGAAUGCGGGUCAGGCCAGUGAUCAAGCCUCCGUGGGCCAAAAAGAGGCCAGAGAGGGAUUCAGAGUUAUCAGCCGACGAGGACAGCGCAGGGCCUGAGGGCAGCGCUGAGCCAAACUCUGAGCUGAACAAAGAGCAGCUGAAGGAGCUGAGCAGCCAGCGAGGCUGGCCUCACUUCAAAGAUGUCUUCAUGCUCUCCUCUGUGGACAGAGAAGACGUGGAGACACUGAAGAGCUACUUUAUGGUUGCUGCUAAGCCAGGUCCAUGGCAGUACCACAGUGAAGUCCUGACCGAUCAGAGUCCAGAGGAAGUCUGCAAAAACAUAAUCCGAGAGAAGCUUUUGGAGCAUCUGCCCCAGGAGGUGCCUUACUCAGUGACACAGACUGUUGAACUCUGGCAAGAGGGAGAAGAGGGCAAACUCCUUAUUUCUGUGAAACUUUAUGUCAAGAAAGAUUCUCACAUGAAGAUGGUGAUUGGCACAGGUGGCCAGAUGGUAGCACAGAUCGCCCAAGAGGCAGGUGAGGACCUGAGCCACGUCUACCUGAGGGAUGUAAAGCUGAGGCUCUCAGCCAAGCUGAAAAAGUGAAGACGAUGGAAGGACUUUAAUGGUGCAAUCCUGAAGACAUGAAAAGGUGGAGACAGAUCCUGCUGGAUAUCUCUGUAACAAAGGAUAAGAUCUCAUUGUGAGUCUGAAAAGGAACUAUGAGAUGGCAUACACUGUGUCCAUAGUCCCAGAGCUCCCACUGAGCUUGUACUUCUUUGAGAAAUUGAGGUUGUAUGCCAAAGUUUGACGUUUGCAUCAGCAGCAUUCUUCCCUGUGGUCCCAUAAGAUGUAAAACAUUUGGAUAUAAAGGUGAUACCUGUAAGAUGCUGUCAUUAUAGUGGUAGAAAAAUGUGAUAAAACUGUUUUUGCUGUAAAACAAAGCUAUGUAAAAUAUAUUCCUUAGAUUUUCUGGGGGACAUUCAAUGCCUUUAUUUGACAGCUGACAGCAGAGACUUAACUGAGCACCAGUCAGGGUCAUUGACUGUCAACUGCAAGGCCCCCAUGGUACCCCAACAUCAUUCUAAAACUGUAUUCAUUAUUUCAAGACAGUGAAACAGAGAAAACAUGUCGAUUAAAAGCAGCUUACACAAGCUGCAAAAUAAAGUGUUAUGAAUUAUA